AUGGAGGUCCUGAGGGAGAAAGUGGAAGAGGAGGAGGAGGCUGAGCGGGAGGAAAGAGCAGAAAGGCCCUUGAGGCCUGAGAAAAUGACAAAACUGCUGCCGAAGGAGACAACCACCCUGACUCAGGAGAUGCUGAGAGAGAUGGAGAAGCAGCUGUUGGAGAUUGAGGUCCCCAUCCCAGGGGAGCCCCUGACUAAGAACAGUGUUGACAUCACCAAGCUGCCCCUUUCCUACAAAAUCAACACACCCAAGGAAGAGCAGCUGCUGCAGGUAGCAAACAACUUCUCUCGCCAGUACAGUCACCUGUGCCCGGACCGUGUGCCACUCUUACUCUACCCGCUGAACGAGUGCCAAGUGCCUAAGUUCGUGAGCACUACCAUCCGGCCCACACUCAUGCCCUACCCUGACCUGUACAACUGGGAUGGCUGUGCCCAGUUUGUCUCUGACUUCCUCACCAUGGUGCCCCUGCCUGAUCCCCUCAAGCCGCCCACAGACCUGUACUCUUCCACCACGGUGCUGAAGUACCAGAAGGGUAACUGCUUCGACUUUAGCACGCUGCUCUGCUCCAUGCUCAUCGGCUCUGGCUAUGAUGCCUACUGUGUCAAUGGCUACGCCUCGCUGGACCUGUGCCUCAUGGACCUGACUCGGGAGGUGUGCCCACUCACUGUGAAGAUCAAGGAGAUAGUACCUGAGAAAGAAAAGGCACCACCUAAGAAGUAUGCCAUAAAACCCCCUAGGGACUUGAGCAGCAGGUUUGAGCACGAGCAGGAGACGAAGAAACAGGAGGAAAUGAAAGCUGCAGAGGAGAAGCGGCUGAGGGACGAGGAGGAGCGGCUCUUGGAAGCAGAGAAGGUAGCCCCAGACUCCCUGCAUGGCCUGCGGGUGCACUCCUGGGUCCUGGUUCUGUCGGGGAAGCGUGAGGUGCCUGAGAGCUUCUUCAUAGACCCCUUCACAGCUCGCAGCUACAGCACGAAGGACGAGCACUUCCUGGGCAUUGAGAGCCUCUGGAACCACAAGAACUACUGGGUCAACAUGCAAGACUGCUGGAACGGCUGCAAGGACUUGGUCUUUGAUCUGGGAGACCCUGUGAGGUGGGAGUUCUUGCUCUUGGGGACCGAUAAGCCACACUUGAUGAUGUCUGAGGAGGAUGAGGAUGGGUUGAAUGACGAUGAUGACGAUGUGGAAAAUUUGGGCAAGGAAGAUGAGGAGAAGAACUUCGAUAUGCCACACUCAUGGGUGGAGCAGAUUGAGAUCUCCCCAGAAGCAUUUGAGACCCGCUGCCCUAAUGGGGAGAAGGUAAUCCAGUACAAGAAGGCAAAAUUGGAGAAGUGGGCCCCAUACCUCAACAGCAAAGGCCUCGUGUGUCGCCUUACCACCUACGAGGAUUUGGAGUGUACCAAGAUUUGUGAGAUAAAGGAGUGGUACCAGAACCGGGAGGACAUGCUGGAGCUGAGGCACGUGAACAAGACCACAGGCCUGAAUAUCGACUACUUCAAACCAGGCCACCCCCAGGCUCUGCGUGUGCACUCGUACAAGUCCAUGCUCCCCGAGAACGACCGUACUAUGGAGUUUUAUGAGUCAGCCCGUGUGGACGGCCUGAUAAAGCGGGAGGAAACUUCCACCACGAUGACGGAGUACUUCCAGGGGCGGCCAGACUUCCUCUCCUACCGCCAUGUCAAGUUUGGCCCUAGGGUCAAGAAGAUACCUCUGAACAACGCGGAGGCCAACCCCCGACCUCUGGUGAAAAUCAUCGAGCAGUUCUGCCGCAACCCUGCGAAGCCUGCGGAUGAGGAUGUGGCAGAACGUGUGUUCCUGAUCAUGGAUGAGCGCAUCCAGCUGCGCUACCAUUGCCGUGACGACUACAUCACAGCCUCCAAGCGCGAGUUCCUGCGGCGCACUGAGGUAGACAGCAAGGGCAACAAGAUCAUCAUGACGUCUGACAUGUGCAUCAGCUUUGAGGUGGAGCCCAUGGAGCACACAAAGAAGCUUCUCUACCAGUAUGAGACGAUGAUGCAUCUCAAGAGUGAGGAGAAGCUGUCUAGACACCAGGCCUGGGAGUCAGAGCUGGAGGUGCUGGAGAUCCUGAAGCUUCGAGAGGAAGAGGAAGAGACACACGCAUUGACCAUCUCCAUCUACGACACUAAGAGAAAUGAGAAGAGCAAGGAGUACCGGGAGGCCAUGGAGCGUGUUAUGCAUGAGGAACACCUGCGGCAGAUGGAGACCCAACUGGACUACCUGGCCCCGUUCCUGGCACAACUUCCGCCGGGUGAGAAGCUGACACGCUGGCAGGCUGUGCACCUCAAGGAUGAAUGCCUCAGUGACUUCAAACAGCGGCUCAUCAACAAGGCCAACCUCAUCCAGGCCCGCUUCGAGAAGGAGACCCAGGAGCUGCAGAAGAAGCAGCAGUGGUACCAGGAGAACCAGGUGACCCUGACGUCCGAGGAUGAAGAUCUGUACCUGAGUUACUGCUCUCAGGCCAUGUUCCGCAUUCGAAUCUUGGAGCAGCGGCUCAAUCGACACAAGGAGCUGGCCCCUCUGAAGUACCUGGCUCUGGAGGAAAAACUCUACAAGGACCCUCGCCUGACUGAGCUCCUCAAAGUCUUUGCUUGAUGGCCCUCGUGGGGCCUUAGCAGAAGCUGCCAGAGAAAGCAGACCACCCCCACAGCCUGGGCCUGUGCUCCCAUCACAGAUAAUGAUGGCCACCCAAGUGCCUCCGCUCACUGCCACACCCCUCUCCCUGCAGCCCUUUCUCUUCUUGCUUCUCAUGCUUUUCCUGUAAAUAAACACUUUUAUUUGC